AUGGGCGAAUCAGACAACAAGGUCACCGAAGAGAGAGUGGAGUCGGCCAUCGACUUUGCUCAGAAGCCUCCCAUUGACGAUGGAACUUACAAGCCGAAUGUUCAGUUGGCAGACGGAGAUGUAACUUAUCUCAUUCCAACACCGAGUUCUGAUCCUCGCGAUCCUCUGAACUUGAGCAAACUCAGGAAAUGGAUCAUCACAAUGACCUGCGCAACCUUCGCCGCCGUCGGCCUCGUUCAAGUCUCCGGACUCGGCGCACUCCUCGGCGAGUUCAUCCCACAAUACGCAGCCGAAGGGCAUGGCAGCUACGAAGAAAUCUCUCACCUCAUGACCUACCCUUCUCUCUUCAUGGGACUCGGAAACCUCAUCGGUAUGCCUCUGGCGCUUGCCAUUGGUCGCCGCCCGGUCUUCCUCGGCUCAUGUGCUCUGGCUGUUCUGGGAUCGAUUCUCUGUGGCUUUGCGAAGACCUACAACACCCAUCUCGCAGCGCGUAUGGUUCUGGGUCUGGCUGCCGGACAGAGUGAGGCGCUUUGCCCGCUCAUGGUUCAAGAAGUUCACUUCCUUCACGAGCGUGCCCGGUGCUUGAUGUGGUUUACGCUCUGGCAGUCGACCCUCAGCGCCGUCUACUCUCUUCUUACCUCCUACAUUGCUGCGGGGAUCGGCUCUUCUGGAUGGUACUUCCUCGGCGCUGGCAUCGCCGCCAUCACCUUCAUCUUCGCGAUCUUCAUGGUUCCCGAGACCAAGUACGACAGACCCCUUGCUGCCUACCAAGGCCAGGAGGCUGCCGUUUCCCGCUUCGUCACUGCCCGAGCUCCUGGCGUGGACGAUACUACUGGCGUUUACACCGAGAUGCUCACCAGAAAGACCACGACUGAGCCCAGAGAACUCGACUUCUUCAACUUCAAGCCCCGCACCUUGGCCUCUGACCUCCGCCUUCUCAACCAGAAGCCUGACUGGAAGGAGGGCUGGCAAUGCUGCACCGGCAUGGCCGUUGUUACCUUCUUCCCUGACAUGAUGUGGGCUCUUCUGCUCAACGGCUUGACGAUCGGAGUAAACAUUGCACUCGGUACCACGUAUGGAGCGAUCUUGCAAGCCGCUCCAUACAGCUGGAGUUCUUCGGUCGUCAGCUUCGCAUUAACUGGUCAGAUCGUCGUCGCCUUCUUGGCGCUCCCGCUUCUGGGACGCGGCUCCGACUGGGUGAUUCAGUUCUUUGCCCGACGCAACGGAGGUAUUCACAAGCCUGAAUAUCGACUCAUUCCCCUCAUCAUUCCUGUCAUUGUCGGCACCCUUGCCUCUGUGCUUUACGGCCAGGCAGCGGAGCAUCCGGAGAGAUACCACUGGUUCGCCAUCGUUUUCUCCUUAAACGCCUACUACUUCGGCUUCGUUGGUGCGAACCAAGUCGGCAUCACGUAUGCUCUUGAUGCGUAUCCUACGCGCUCUGGACCGGUUCUGGUCAUUAUCUGCGCCAUGAGAGGCGUCAUUUCGUUCGGGACGAGUUACGGAGUCACCCCGUUUAUCAACGCCAUCGGAUAUGAUGGAGCGUUUGGAAUUUACGGCGCUCUGACUGCUGGUAUUGGAGCCAUUGGAAUCUUGGUCUUCAUCUGGGGCAACCAAAUCAGAGCUUUGGUUGCCAAGUGGGCUGUUGCUGAUAGCACCGCAACGCCGUCUUACAACCACUAG